UCGCGCGGGGGCUGCCCCCUCCCCUUCCCCCCACCCUGGGCGGGGGCGCGCGAGAAGCGGUGACGUCAAGGGGCGCGCUGUGGCAGCACCUCCCCGCGCGCUAGUUAAAAAGAAGAAGAAAAGAGGGAGCGAAACAUGAGAGGCUGUGUGAGAAGCUGCAGCCGCCGGCAGAGGAGACCUCAGCAUCAUCUACAGCCCAGCGCUGACCCUGCCUCCGCCUACCCCGCCGCCGCCGUCGCCGUUUCUGUUCCUGCUACUGUACCACCUAAACAACUCCCGUUACAUGGACAAGUGAACAUCUGUGGCUGUCCUCUCCUUUUCUUCCUCUUCUUCCAACUCCUUCUCCUCCUCCCACUUCCCAGCCGCAGCAGAAAGCCCCUAACCCAACUGACACUGGCACAACUGAAAACGGUGUCAUCUGCACAACUUUAUCUCGCUCCUCGGGCUCCCCUAAGGCAUUGGACCCAUCGCCGCGUCUUUCAUUUUUUGCAAAGUUGCAUCGCUGAACGUAUUUUUGUCCCCGUCACCUCCCUCUGCCUCUGGAGUGCCCUGCAGCCCCGCAGCCUCCUCCUGGAGCUGCGCCUUAGUGCCUCUGCUGGGCAGUGGCGUUCCCCCCCAUCCUCCCGCGCCCAGCCCCUGCUGCUCUGGGCAGACGAUGCUGAAGAUGCUCUCCUUUAAGCUGCUGCUGUUGGCCGUGGCUCUGGGCUUCUUUGAAGGAGAUGCUAAGUUUGGGGAGAGAAACGAAGGGAGCGGAGCAAGGAGGAGAAGGUGCCUGAAUGGGAACCCUCCGAAGCGCCUGAAAAGGAGAGACAGGAGGAUGAUGUCCCAGCUGGAGCUGCUGAGUGGGGGAGAGAUGCUGUGCGGUGGCUUCUACCCUCGGCUGUCCUGCUGCCUGCGGAGUGACAGCCCGGGGCUGGGGCGCCUGGAGAAUAAGAUAUUUUCUGUUACCAAUAACACAGAAUGUGGGAAGUUACUGGAGGAAAUCAAAUGUGCACUUUGCUCUCCACAUUCUCAAAGCCUGUUCCACUCACCUGAGAGAGAAGUCUUGGAAAGAGACCUAGUACUUCCUUUGCUCUGCAAAGACUAUUGCAAAGAAUUCUUUUACACUUGCCGAGGCCAUAUUCCAGGUUUCCUUCAAACAACUGCGGAUGAGUUUUGCUUUUACUAUGCAAGAAAAGAUGGUGGGUUGUGCUUUCCAGAUUUUCCAAGAAAACAAGUCAGAGGACCAGCAUCUAACUACUUGGACCAGAUGGAAGAAUAUGACAAAGUGGAAGAGAUCAGCAGAAAGCACAAACACAACUGCUUCUGUAUUCAGGAGGUUGUGAGUGGGCUGCGGCAGCCCAUUGGUGCCCUGCAUAGUGGGGAUGGCUCGCACCGUCUCUUCAUUCUGGAAAAAGAAGGUUAUGUGAAGAUACUUACCCCUGAAGGAGAAAUUUUCAAGGAGCCUUAUUUGGACAUUCACAAACUUGUUCAAAGUGGAAUAAAGGGAGGAGAUGAAAGAGGACUGCUAAGCCUCGCAUUCCAUCCCAAUUACAAGAAAAAUGGAAAGUUGUAUGUGUCUUAUACCACCAACCAAGAACGGUGGGCUAUCGGGCCUCAUGACCACAUUCUUAGGGUUGUGGAAUACACAGUAUCCAGAAAAAAUCCACACCAAGUUGAUUUGAGAACAGCCAGAGUCUUUCUUGAAGUUGCAGAACUCCACAGAAAGCAUCUGGGAGGACAACUGCUUUUUGGUCCCGACGGCUUUUUGUACAUCAUUCUCGGUGAUGGGAUGAUUACACUGGAUGAUAUGGAAGAAAUGGAUGGGUUAAGUGAUUUCACAGGCUCAGUGCUACGGCUGGAUGUGGACACAGACAUGUGCAACGUGCCUUAUUCCAUACCAAGGAGCAACCCACACUUCAACAGCACCAACCAGCCCCCUGAAGUGUUUGCUCAUGGGCUCCACGAUCCAGGCAGAUGUGCUGUGGAUCGACAUCCCACUGAUAUAAACAUCAAUUUAACGAUACUUUGUUCAGACUCCAAUGGAAAAAACAGAUCAUCAGCCAGAAUCCUACAGAUUAUAAAGGGGAAAGAUUAUGAAAGUGAGCCAUCACUUUUAGAAUUCAAGCCGUUCAGUAAUGGUCCUUUGGUUGGUGGAUUUGUAUACCGGGGCUGCCAGUCAGAAAGACUGUAUGGAAGCUAUGUGUUUGGAGAUCGUAAUGGGAAUUUCUUAACUCUCCAGCAAAGUCCUGUGACAAAGCAAUGGCAAGAAAAACCACUCUGUCUCGGCACUAGUGGGUCCUGUAGAGGCUACUUUUCCGGUCACAUCUUGGGAUUUGGAGAAGAUGAACUAGGUGAAGUUUACAUUUUAUCAAGCAGUAAAAGUAUGACCCAGACUCACAAUGGAAAACUCUACAAAAUUGUAGAUCCCAAAAGACCUUUAAUGCCUGAGGAAUGCAGAGCCACGGUACAACCUGCACAGACAUUGACUUCAGAGUGCUCCAGGCUCUGUCGAAACGGCUACUGCACCCCCACGGGAAAGUGCUGCUGCAGUCCAGGCUGGGAGGGGGACUUCUGCAGAAUCGCAAAAUGUGAGCCAGCAUGCCGUCAUGGAGGUGUCUGUGUUAGACCGAACAAGUGCCUCUGUAAAAAAGGAUAUCUUGGUCCUCAGUGUGAACAAGUGGACAGAAACAUCCGCAGAGUGACCAGGGCAGGUAUUCUUGAUCAGAUCAUUGACAUGACAUCUUACUUGCUGGAUCUAACAAGUUACAUUGUAUAGUUUCUGGGACUGUUUGCAUAUUCCUUUCCAAUGGGCAUUUAUUUUUUAGCCUGUCAUUAAAAAACAAAAAACAAAAAACAAAAAACUGUUAUCCUGCUACACACUCCUGUGAUUUCAUUCUCUUUUAUUAAUUUAAAAAUGAUUUCCAGAAAUGUGCAGAUCCUCUGUGUGUAUGUCAGCAUGUUUGUUCACAUAUGCACAUACACAUACUCAUAAUCCCUAUAUGCGUUGUUGCUUAACAGAUGAUUUUUUAAAAUAUAUACUUCCUUGGGCAGAGUAAUUUACACCGAAAUUCCACUGUAAAUUGAUAACGGAUUUUUUAUGUCACUAGAAGAGAUUAUUUGACUUCCCAGGAAUUUUCUGUCAGUAAUCACUAAAGUCAACUUUAAUAGAGUUUUGAAACAUUACUGUGCAAUCUGAUGGAUCUAAUAAAAAAGGUAAUAUUUUUAUAUUAAAGUACUAUAGUAGGAGAGAAUGUUUCAGAACUCCCUGAUGAAUUUCUAAGUGAGCAACUUGAUAUAAAAUUGUAAUCUUCAUUUUUGUCAGUGUAUCCAAUUACAGAAUGUUACACUUACCUUUUUAUUGGCUGAGAAAUCUGAUUACUUCGUCUUGAGAUUUCAAGAUUGUUUUCAAGUGUUGUAUAAUUAAAUCAUAACAGCAUAUUUUAAAAUCAGUCUUCCUAAAAAGUCUGCUUUCAUUGUAUAUUUUAUUUAACAAUAGGCACUGGGUUUGUGUUACAUAUUUAUAUAUUUUAUUUUAUUUUUAUAAUAUAGACAUCACCUAGAUGAAACACCUUUACCUUGUCCUGUAAAACACUAAAGUUACAUUUUUCACCAACUUAAUUGGAAAGAAGGGGAGUGAGAAAGCAAACAGUCUUUAAUGUGCUGUGGAUCUAAUCUAGCAAGGUAUCCUUGUGCCAACAUGUAAUCAUUAACGACGGAAGAAAAAGCAAGAAAACAGCCAAUUCUUAUAAAAUUCCAGCAUUAAACAUUUGUAAAGUGCUUUUCACCAUAGCAAGACUGUCAGAGUCCAUGUUAUUAGAAUGUUGCAGAUUUCCACUGAAUCGAACCUCACUGGAGAAGAGCUCACUUGUUUUUAAAAAAAUCUUGGCUAUGUAAGCUGUCACCUGUACAAAUUUUUAACAUAAUAAUUCUUGCCAAAUACGACUUUAAAUGUACGUGUUCCUUCAGAACUCAAUGAAAAUACUCUUUGGUUAAUGUAUCAAUAAAUUUUCUGUAAAUGUUCUGUUCAGGGUUUUAAAGAGAUGACAUGUUCUGACUUAAAACUGCAAAAAGUCUAGUAGAUAUUUUUCUUCAUGGUUUUCAAAGCCAGCUCUCCACGUUUGGAUUUUAACAAAAUAUAAGGCCUCUUUGCACUACUGAAAAAACACAUCUACUCAUGACAAGUGCAUACCCACUAUGGCUGUCCUUCUUCUGUAAACAUCCAUUCCUCUAGAAUCUAAAUUGUAGAGCAGUAUAGAUUAUGCAGCACCAGCUGACUUUCUAAACCUGCUCCUUACCUUUAGGAAUACAAGCCUCAAUUUAAAAAAUACAUUGUAGCUAGUAUUUCUCUACUGUUUUAAGGUGAGAGAUUUGCAAUUAAAGCCCAGUAAGCAUUUAUAUAGAAGCCACAAUGUAGAAAGAUUGGUUAAGUACACUGCUCUUGUCUGCCAUAUAUGAUUACUUAAGUUUCAAGUGACCUCAUGCCAAAUGGAAAUGGGUUGAGAAAUCUUGGUUCAGUGCUUAGUGAACAAUAGCCUGCAUUAAAAAGUGCAUGCAUAAUUUUGCACAAUUUAGAUUCAAUUGACAGUCUAUUCAAAGAAGUCUCAGGAUUAAAUGAGCAUGGAGACCAAAUUGCCCUCUUACCCCAGAAAAGGGGUGGUCGCUUCUAGUCACACUAACACUUCAUUGGCCCAACAGUGUGACAAAUCUUGCAAUGAACCAUGCAGUAGCCUGCAUCUGUAGGUUAAUAGCAAUCUUUUGUCUCCAUUGCUUUCUCUUCAUAGCCCUUUUACUGAAUUCCAUCACAGAAAGUUUUACAAUUAAAAAAAAAAAUGUCCUGACAACCAUUUUUGUAAAUGGACCUUACCAUCUAAUCGUCCCUUAUUCAACGUGGGUGACAUUAACAAAAUGUGAACUUCUUGUGAGGGAGCCAGCUGUCUAAAUCUGUCAAAUCGUGCAGUUUUAUUACACAUUCUCCAAUUCUUCCUAGCUUCCCUGAAAACAAUAAGGAUACUGCUAUAUAUUCAGUAAAAUCUAAAAAAAUCAAGCAUUUCUUCUUACAUCUUUAAACUUUCCAUCUCCUCCCCAAAAUAAAAGGUGUUCUAUUGCCAUUAGUUCUACUGUUUUAAAAUAUCUAUAUUAAGUUGACCAGGCCCAGAUUUUUUAUACAGCUUUUUCCCAAGUGAAAGAUUUUCAAGUGACUUAGAAAAACAUAUGUGCCCCAGGUGUCACUGCCUUUCCUUUUGUGAGUCGUUAGAAUAAAAGACCAAAUUCUUCUCAAGAGAAGAUAGCAAGAUCCACGGAUAUUAAACCAAGCAAAGAAAGUAAAGUCAUUGAAGUCAUUUCUUUCUGUUCUUAGGAGAAAAGUAGAUAGCACUGGCUAAUUGAUGGCAACAUAUUUUAAAUUAAGUGGUCAAUUCAAAAAAUCUCUUUGACCUUUUCUUUCAAGUAGAUUUUUUAAAUGCAUGACUGGAGAAUUCUCUUCAAUGAUUCAUGAUGAGAGGCAGGUAGGAAUUGGUUAAGAAGUAAUAGCUAGGAAAAAAAUAUUGUUUAAUCACAAGAAAGGCAACAUCUGCUCAGUUCAUAAAGCACACAAUCUCAAAUGGAAGAAAUAAAGGUUCUUCGUAAGAAUACUGAUGCAUAAGAUAAAAACAAAAUAAUGCAAAAGAAAAAUGUAUAUUAUUAUUCCCUUGUCCAUUCUCAAGUUUAAGCUGUGGUUGUCAGUUGAAUGUGAAAUGACAUUAUAGUUGUUUUAAAUGGUUGGAAAUAACCUUUCUACUACUGUUUCUGCCACACUGCUGUCCUGGUUCAUAAAACCUUGUUUUCUUGACAGUUAUUUAGGUAAUAAAAGGAACACCAAUUGGCAGAUAAAUUUAAGUGAAAAGGAGAAAAGAUUUAAGAAAUUGAGUGAUGGCUAAAAGUGCUUCCAUCCAUAACUUUUUUUCUUGGAUUUUUUUUCAAUGUAAUUAUUGUAAAAUAUAUUUUUUAUUUUAUCACAAAGAAUACUCGGAAGUUUUCUCAGAUUGAUAAGUAUCUCAUAAAGAGUAGAGAAACCAACACAUACAAUAUAUACACACAACCUAAAUAGAAAACUGUUCUCUUUGUUAUUUGCAUCCCCCAGCGCAGUUACUUCUUCCCUGUUUAUUUCUUUGAAAAUAAUUACAAAACAGUAUACUAACAAUUUUAAUCCAUUUGCUGUUUUUUGUUUUGUUUCAUUUUGGUUUUGUUUGUUUUUGUUUUUGUUUUUGAGAUGGAGUCUUGCUCUAUCACCCAGGCUGCAGUGCAGUGGCACGAUCUCGGCUCACUGCAACCUCAGCUUCCUGGAUUCAAGCAAUUCUCCUGCCUCAGCCUCCCGAGUAGCUGGGAUUACAGGCACCCGCCAGUAUACCCAGCUAAUUUUUUGUGUGUUUUUCGUAGAGACAGGGUUUCACCAUGUUGGCCAGGCUGAUUUCAAACUCCAGACUUCAAGUGAUCCAGCUACCCAGGCCUCCUGAAGUGCCAGGAUUACAGGCAUGAGCCACCACGCCCAGCCUGCAUUUGCUUUUGAUAUUGUUUUUAUCUCUGAGUUAUAAACUAUACAAGCUUUACCAGGUGUAAGGUGUGAGGUUAGAUGCUACAUCUAGGAGCGUUUAAGAUAUACAUUAAUUUAAACUUUUAUUAAUCCAACUUUCCACUAAAACUCUUAGCUUUGAAACAUAAAAGAGAAAUCAAGCCCAGAUUUUUAGAGGAAAGCUAAGGUAUACCAUUGGCAGUUGUAGUUUUAAUUGUAGUUGACUGAUUAACCAAUUAGUUUAUAAAAUGUUACCUAUAAUGUCUAUGUUCUCUUCCUCUCCCUCCCUCCUUCUCUCUCUCUCUCUCGCUCUCUCGGCUAAUAUACAUGUGCAUGUGUGUGUGUGUAUAUACAUGUAUAUAUAUACACAUACAUAUAUAUACAUAUACACACAUACAUAUAUAUAUAUAUUCUUUUUCCUUUUAGCCACUUCCCUCUCCUGCAUUUUCUAUUGGUUUUGCCUAAAUAGACGUGUUCUCAAUACAACCAUGUUGAAGGUAUCCUGGGCUAGACUGCUAUUGAUUUUGCUGGUUAUGAUCUUUUCUUUGUUUUUCUGAAAAAUAGCCUCUCCUGGUUCCACAUUUUCUCAAAUUCUAUGUAACAAAGAAGUGGAUAGUAAACAAAUGACAUGCUAGGCUGAUCUAUUACAAUCAUUGAAAGAAAUAAGGAAGAGCAGAAAUCUCUACCAGUCCAGAUGCUCCCAUUCAGCUGCUCUAGCAUAGAUACAGGAAAGACCUGGAGAAUAACACUGGGGUUAGCUAACAGCAGGGAAAGUUAGCAGCUAUUUCCUAGCCAAGGAACAACCUUCUCUAUGGAAUAAUUUUAAGAAAAUUAUUCCAAAUCUGUGAGAAAAAAAAAUAAGCAGCCGUUCCUCAAUGGAGACUUUAAAAAUCUUAAUUUCCCUACCCCUGAGAUUUGAAGUUGCAGAGGACUCAGACAGAAGUCCCAUGGCAGAAAAUGUACAUAUUUUUAAACUACUCCCAAGAAGUAAACUAUUACUGUGAAUGCUGGCAAUACCAUCAGAAAGUUUAUCUUUACAAUACCUAAAAAUAAAUAUAUGUUUGCUAUCUUAUCCUUUUUUUGUCACACCACCAUAAAUUGGUCAUACAUGUAUAACCAAAUUGAUUUUUUAUAUAUAUGUGUGUGUGUGUGUAUAUAUAUAAUAUGUAAACAAAUGACAUACUAGGCUGAUCUAUUACAAUCAUUGAAAGAAAUAAGGAAGAGCAGAAAUCUCUACCAGUCCAGAUACAUACAUAUAUAUGUGUGUGUGUGUGUGUGUGUGUGUGUGUGUGUGUGUGUGUAUAAAACCAUGGAACCUGCCAAACACUAAUCCUAGCCAACUUCAAUCCUUCUUUCUCUUAACUAUCUUCUCUGAAUAAGUUCUGGACAUCACCUUAAAACAAGUUUUUAGAAGAGUAAUAUAUAUUCAUGGGAUUGUGAGGGAGCAUUGUACAGCUGUUUUCUUCUCGGUCACUGUGGUGAUUUUCCUAGAUGCUAUGAAAAGGUUUGUUCACUUAUGAGAUUAGGACUUUUCUUAAAUUCUUAAAUUCCUCAUUAAAUAUGAACCUAAGGUAUACUCGUCAUUUACCUUGACUCCCAUAUAAUUUGUAUAGGUCAUAUAUAAGUCAAUUGACAAAAUAAAAAAAUAAAUAAUUGGAUUCCUUCUGUCAAUAGAAAGCCUUGUGCUUAAAACCUGUUAUUCUUUCUUGAGCCAGACUAAACAGUAACAUAAAAAAAUGGUAUCAGCCUAAUAUUAAAUCUAAAGUUACUUCUCACAUACAUCAUAAAGUCAGCCAUCAUCUUUCAUGUAGGAUUUCUUGAGGUUUUCUUUUUGCAUAUAUAGAUCAUGUGUUACUUAAAUCCAAAAUACACAUGUAUAUAUAUACAUAUAUAUGUAACUUAAUAUAAAUGUAUGAUGAGUUAUCUCAAUUGACUAUAAUCUUCUAAGUCAAAAAGAAAAUAUUUCAGUACAUAAUAUAAAAAGAACUGAACAUUAACAGUAAUGGGAAAUUCAUAAUGGCUAAAUAUGAAAUAAGCUUUGUCUUUGCAGUUACAAACUAAUUCUUCUACAUUUUCCCUCUCACUAAAAAAAAUAACUAAUUGAUAGUUGCCAUUCACAUGAACAAGGUAUGAUCAGGUUUGGGAUCGUACGCCCAAAACCUAUGUUUCUUUACCUUAUAUUCUUAAAACUUGAGACAUGAUUUUUCUAGAAUAAAUUAAGAUUUCAUGUACAAUAGAGUCCUUUUCCUAAUACUGUUAUGGAGAAACCAAGUUGACUACCUUAUGAGAGAUCAGAUAUUUCCCUUGUCUCAUUAUAUUCACAGCAUAUGUUUGGACAUGCAUUUCACCAAGAACCAUGUAGUAAUAAGAUAAAUGGUAACUGAGGUACUGUGAAAUUUUUAGAACUUGAUUCCCCAGGACAUGCUAUAGUAAACUAAACUAUUUAUCCAAAAGUAACUCAACUAAUUAAAAUGAAAAAAAUUAUUGAAUCACAAUGAACAAACAUAAAACAACACUUAAAUGAGAAUUCUGCAUCUUUUUUGGUCUUAUCUGUGAUUUAUUUUUUCCUGUAUUAAGGAAAGGUUAUCUUUAUCAUUCUUCUAAUAUGUUUUGGUUUCUCUAAUGGUUCAUUUUCCUUUAGGUUGUGGAAAAUUAGGGCAGCUUGUCCGGAACCUUACUCACAAGAGACACCAGGACCAACCCAUGCCUAGAUUUCUGUUAAUAAAAGGGAGAAGUGUAUUUGAACAGGUAGUAAAGGCAGGUACAAGUUUAAGGGAGCAGGGUUAACAUACGUACUAGGUGAGAUUUCUAUAAAUGUCUGAAAAGUUACAUGCAUAGUCAUUGGCUCAGGUAAUUUCUCUGAAUUUGAACUUAUUUGAUUUAUUUAACCAAGUUAUUAUAAUAUGCAGUUCUCUUUAAUCAAUCUUCUAUUAUUCAAUCAUCUAUCCAUUUAUUAAUUCAAAAAAUAUUUAUUAAAGUGCCUACCAUGAUUAUGUGCUGUAGAAAAGACAAGGACAUUUACUAGGGGGGAUUGUGGGCCCAAUGGGCAUCAUGAGCAUGUUUGAAGCAAAAGACAAUAAUCACAUCCAACGGCACCAGUUCAGCUCAACUUUAGAAUUCAGCAGUAAUAGUACAGAUGGCCUAAAGUACAUCUGUGUGUAUCUGUACAUGUGCACACACCCAUGUAUAUAUAUUUAUCUAUCUGUACAAACACUACAUAUGUAUACACACUAUCUAUGUAAAAUAUAAUAUAUGUAUAAUGCAUAUAAAUUCUAACAAGUGUAUUUGUGUUAUCUUUAAAAUAGAACAAUUGUAUCUUGAAGUGGUAAAUGCAGAGAAUUGGUUUUAUUGUUGAUCUGUGGAUUUAAUGAUUUUUAGGUGAAAAGGAUGUUUAAGUGUACAAUUUCUUUCUUAAUUUAAUAUAUUUAUGUAAAUGCAUGCCUGAAAUUUGGUUAGAUUGACUGUGUUUUGUGUCUUUUAACGUGAUCAAAUGAUUAAACUUUAUCUUAUGACUUGA